AUGGCAACUGCUGUCUCCACCGACGCAGCGAUGGCUGCAAGCUUUUCGGAGCUCAACACUGCCAUAAAGGGUGAACAUUACUCUCGUGCUGUGGAUAUCUGCAACAAAAUUCGAUCCAAAUUCCCUGAUGAUAUGGAUGCUGUCAAGGUCAAGUGCUUAGCGCUCAUUCGCAUGGAAAAAUUCGACAAAGCCCUGGAACUUGCUGUCAAGUAUGAAUACCUCGAUACGGAAAAAGCCUAUUGUCUCUAUCGCCUAAAACAGGAUGCUGAAGCGCUGAAAACUAUAGAGGGAAGAGACAUUCAGUCGCUGAGCACUGAAAUGUUGCAUUUGGCGGCUCAAUUGUAUUUUCGUAAUGAGAUGUACGAUCAGAGCAUUCGAAUUUACGAGCUGCUGCUCUCACAAGCCAAGGAAAACGACAAUCUUCUCGAACUUCGGACAAAUUUGCUGGCGGCUUACGCAAGCGCAAGUCGAAGCAAGGAACUAAAAAGUCGUCAGAUUCCGGUUGACGAAGGCUUUGAAGUGGCGUACAACAAGUCAUUUGUGUUCAUUCAAUUGCAAGAUUGGGAUAAAGCAGAGGAAUUAUUGCUGACUGCAGAACGAUUUGGCCGUGACGCUCUUGAGGCCGACGGUAUUUCGGGAUCCGAGGCUGAGGAGGAAAUGGCUAUCAUCAAAACGCAAUUAGCAUAUGUCAAGCAGAUGCGCGGUAAUUUGGACGAAGCACUUUCAGACUACCGCGAUAUCCUAAAGUCAAAGUUACGCAACCGUGCGGUGGGUCUCGUGGCAUCGAACAACAUAGUGACUAUUCGCAAAGACCGUGAUGUGCUGGACUCAUUAAAGCGGUUAAAGAGCAUUGAUACGUAUAUGCUGACGGAGAAACUGAAUCCAGCACAACGAGAGGCCAUUCUUACAAAUCGAGCGCUGUUACUUUGCCUUUCGAAUAAGACGGAAGAAUGUCGUGAAAGCUUAGAGAAAUUAAAAAAGCAAUUUCCGAUGUCAAAAUCAAUUGCUGAUAUCGUGGUCUUGCUAGCAAUCAAUGACCAGUCGCCUACAGUUGCGAUUGAGCAGCUUCAGAAUGACGCCAGCGUCGGCGGUCGUCUUGGCCUCGCGCACGUAUACAUGGUCGAAGGUCAUGUACUGAAGGCUGCCGAGUGUAUUCGCUCGAUCGACCAACUGGCGCACACUCCCGGCACGGUUGCCACCCUUGUCGCUAUGUACGAGCAAGUGGGCGAUUCAGCCUCGGCGCAGGCCGUGCUGGAGAGCGCACUAGCUUAUCACAAAACCCUCGACUACAAGUCGGAGUACGCAAUGAAAAUUCGUGAGGGCGAUUGCUGGUACAAGAUUCAAAAGAAGCAGUAUCGCGAAGCCACCGACGCGUACAUGGAACUGCUUGAAGGUGUGACUGCUGGUGCAAUGGAUCGUGACCUUCGCCUUCGCUCUAUAGCCUCGCUUGUUGUCGCUCUGUCGUAUUAUGAUGCCGAGGCUGCAGAAGCAAGAUGUGCAAUGCUUCCAGCUGUCAAGGAGAGCAGCAUGGAUGCGAGUGAGUUGGAAUCGCGGGCUCCGCGCUCAAUUCGUUUGGCUACCAAAUUUACAGAUACUGGCGACAAAAGAAAUGAACGCAAGGUUGCCGCGAAGAGCCCGGAAGCUAUCGCUCGCAAGCGUGCAAAGCGUAGGGAAGCGCAUCUAGCUAAUUUACGAGCUCGUCCGGAUUACAACGCGUUUAUUGGACUUGUGAAUCCGGACCCUGAGCGCUGGAUUCCGCGCAAGCAGCGCUCGCACGGCAAGCGUGGCCGUCGUGGUCGCAACCGCUUUGUCGGUGCUCAGGGAGCCGGCAUGGGCACAGAGAAAGAUGCUAUCAAGCUUGAUGCUGCCGCUCGUGCUGCUCGCAAAGCCGAGUCGGACAAGCCCACAGCCGUCCUAGUGACUAGCAGCUCUGGUAUUCGCAAGUCCAAGAAGAAAAAACGCAGAUAG